UACUGUAUUUGAGGUUCAGUUUGUUCGCAGGGCAGCGAUUCCCGUCAUUGGUGGGGUCUUGGUGUCUCCUUCCUUUUUCUGUUCAUAAAACUACAGGAUUAAAGGAUUCGACUGCAGUUUGGAUCUUGUGUCAUGGCAGAAGCAGGUAGCCAACAGAACCAAUGGGAGGAAGGUUUUGAGGAUGAAUUCGGAGAAAUUAUCAAAACUCGAUCAGAUGAAAGAGAAGAUGUUCAAAAGAAAACCUUCACGAAAUGGAUAAACUCACAGUUUGCUAAGACAAGAAGACCCCCUAUCGAUGACCUCUUCAUUGAUCUGUGUGAUGGCCGGCGUCUUCUUGAACUCCUGGAGGGUCUGGUUGGCCAUGAAAUAGUUAAAGAACGUGGUUUCACUCGAGUGCACUCCCUCAACAAUGUUAACAGGGCCCUGCAGAUCCUUCAGAAGAACAAUGUUGAGCUGGUGAACAUUGGAGGAGCUGACAUUGUAGAUGGCAAUCAUAAACUGACCCUGGGGCUCAUCUGGAGCAUCAUUCUCCACUGGCAGGUUAAGGAUGUGAUGAAAGAUGUCAUGGCAGACCUACAACAGACAAACAGUGAAAAGAUUCUGUUAAGUUGGGUCAGGCAGUCUACUAAAAACUACAAAGACCUCAAUGUGGUCAACUUCUCCAGCAGCUGGGCCGAUGGUUUUGCCUUCAAUGCGCUCAUUCACAGCCACAGGCCGGAGCUGUUUAACUGGAGUGUGGUGGAACAACAGGAUAAUGCCAUUGAGAGACUGGAUCAUGCAUUCAACGUUGCAGAGAAGAGUUUAGGCAUCGACCGACUGUUGGACCCUGAGGAUGUUGCUACAGCUCAUCCAGAUAAGAAAUCCAUCAUUAUGUACGUCACCUCCCUGUUCCAAGUGCUGCCCCAUGGCGUGAGCAUGGAGGCCAUCCAAGAGGUGGAGACCCUCCCUCGAGCUACAGUAACCAAGGAGGAGCACUUCCUCUUUCAAACCCAACAGCGUUACUCCCAGCAGAUCACAGUCAGUGUGGCCCAGAGUCGUGUCCGCAGCCCGUCUCCCUCCUAUAAGCCUCGAUUCAAAAGCUAUGCCUUCACUCAAGCUGCCUACGUCAAGACGCCCGAACAGCAGAGGAAGUUCCUCACCACACAGUCUCCAGACAAGCCCGAUGAACUGCGACCGUCCCCCAGUCCCCUGCCACAGGGGCUAAAUGAGCUGGAAAGCUACCAGAGUGCUCUGGAGGAGGUCCUGACCUGGCUGCUCUCCGCGGAGGACGGCUUGCAAGCACAGCCACCCAUCUCCUCUUUUGUCGAAGAAGUCAAAGAGCAGUUUCAUACCCAUGAGGGCUACAUGGUGGAGUUAACGUCUCAUCAGGGCAGCGUGGGCCGGGUUCUCAAAGCAGGAAGUGUGUUGUUGUCUGGAGGGCAGCUGACUGAUGAUGAAGAGAGGGAGGUGCGGGAACAGAUGAAUCUGCUCAACUCUCGCUGGGAACAUCUGCGUGUGGCCAGUAUGGAGAGACAGAGCAGGCUUCAUGAGGUUUUGAUGGACCUGCAGCACCAGCAGCUGAAGCAGCUCUCUGAUUGGCUGGACACAACUGAAACUCGAAUUAAAAGAAUGGGAGCACAGCCUUUAGGACCCGAACUUGAUGACAUAAAGCGACAAAUUGAAGAGCAAAAACUCUUACAGGAAGAUCUGGAGCUGGAGCAAGGGCGAGUGAACUCUCUGACUCAUAUGGUGGUGGUAGUAGAUGAGAACAGUGGUGAUGGCGCCACCGCAGCCUUAGAGGAAAAACUGCAGAACCUUGGGGAACGAUGGGCAGCGAUCUGCAAAUGGACUGAAGAGCGUUGGAUCCUUCUUCAAAAGAUCCUGCUGUGCUGGCAGCAUUUCUCUGAGGAGCAGCUGCUGUUUGAUUCUUGGCUGACUCAGAAGGAGGAGUUAGUGCAGACUAUCCAAAACAGCGGCACAAAUGACCCAAAUGAAGUGGCCGCCAACCUAAGGAAGCUCGCCAUUUUAAAAGCAGACCUGGAGUUGAAAAGGCAAACCAUGGAUAAGCUUUGCUCCCUCGUUCAAGAUUUGCUGACCAACAUUAAGAGCAAAGAGGCCGCUGGGAAACUAGAGGCAAAGCUGGAGAGGUUUGCUCAGCGCUGGGACAAAUUGGUACAGUCGCUUCAGCUCACCAGCACCAAGUUUUCAACUAUUGUCACUACAUCCCAGUCGGAGCUCACGCAUACAACCAUGGCAACUGUCACCAAGGUGACCACAAACCAGAAAAAGAUGGUGAAGCAUACUAAGGAGGGCAUGUCUACCCCUCCACCUCAGAAGAAGCGACAGAUUGUCACUGAUUCAGAACUGCGGAAAAGAUUUGAUGUGGACUUCACUGAAAUUCACAGUUUUAUGACUCGUUCAGAGGCUGUUUUGCAAAAUCCAGAGUUCUCAAUCUCCCGUAAGGAAGGCAGUGUGGCAGACCUCUAUGAGAAAGUGCUGGCAAUUGACAGGGAAAAAACUGAAAAGUUCAGGAAGUUACAAGAAGCCACUCGUUCAGCCCAGGCUUUGGUGGAUCAGCUCACUAGCGAUGGUCAGAAUUCCGAGGACAUCCAGCAGGCGGCUCAGCAGUUACGUGCUCGAUGGGUCGACUUCUGCGCUCUCCUGGCCGAAAGGCUGGCAUGGUUGGCAUACCAGACCAAAGUCCUGGCCUUCUACAAUCUCUUCCAGCAACUGGAGCAGGCUGUGGGAACCGCUGAGAACUGGCUGAAGGUGCAGUCGCCGCCCGCGUGCGAGCCGGAGCCUCUGAGGAUUCAGCUGGAGCGUUGCAGGGAUGAGAUCGCUCGUCUCUCCGCUCUACAACCACAAGUGGACAAGCUGCAUGAACAACUUCAGGAGCUGCAGCAGAAAGAAGAGACGCCUGUUCUCUUUGAUGCUGACAUUUCUGCCUUCCAAGAGCACUACCACCAUGUCCUCGAGGACCUGAGGGCCAGGGAACGACAGCUUGUUCUGGUCCAGUCUAGUCUUCCACCAGCACGUUAUAAGGAUGUGAUGGCAGCGCUGCUGGCCUGGCUGCAGCAGUGUGAGAAUAAACUAGCCAUCCCCUCCACAGCAGUGACUGAGUAUCCUGUCAUGGAGCAGAGGCUCAAAGACAUCAAGGCAAUUCAAGCAGCACAGAAGGACCAUCAGGGUGACGUGGAUGACCUCAAUAAAAUGGCUGAGCAGGUGUUCCAGAAAGUGCCUCCAGAGAUCUGUCAGAAGUACCGGACCGAGCUGGACAAUGUGAUGGUGCGCUGGAGGCGUGUGUCUGAGCAGCUGGAGGAGAAUAUCCAGAAGCUGCAGGAUCACAUGACCAAAUUACAGCAGUUCCAGAAUGACACAAAGACUCUGCAGAAGUGGAUGGCAGAAGUGGAUGUUUUCCUGAAUGAGGAAUGGCCAGCUCUGGGAGAUGCAGAGGCUUUGGAGAAACAGUUGGAACAGUGCACGGCUCUGGUGAACGACAUCCACACCGUCCAACCAAGUCUGAAUGGCAUCAAUGAGGUGGGACUGGCCUUGAAGAGGGAAGCUGAGACACCGUUUGCCAUCAAAAUACAGAAGAUGCUUGAUGAGCUCAAUGCUCAGUGGGAGCUCAUUUGCAAACAGGCAUAUGCUAAGAAAUCAGCCCUGAAAGGAGGGCUGGACAUGACGGUGAGUUUGAGGAAGGAGAUGCAGGAAAUGCAGGAGUGGAUCACUCAGGCAGAGGAAGAGUAUCUGGAACGAGACUUCCAGUACAAGACACCUGAGGAGCUCCAUAAGGCGGUGGAGGAACUGAAGCGGGCUCAAGAGGAAGUCCAUCAAAAGGAAACAAAGGUGAAGCUACUGACGGAUAAAGUCACCAAUUUCAUUUCAAAGGCUCCUCCUGCGGCCCAUGAUGCCCUAAAGGCAGAACUGGAUGUUUUGACUUCUAACUACCAGCGACUGUGCAGCCGGCUCGAUGGAAAAUGCAAGACUUUAGAGGAAGUGUGGGCAUGCUGGUGUGAGCUGCUGUCUUAUUUGGAGUUGGAGAAUGCCUGGAUGGACCUACUGGAGAAGAAACUUGAUGAAACCGAAAGCCUUCAAGGAGGUGUAGAGGAAAUAGAAGAAGCUUUGACUUCUUUAGACACCAUGAUUAGAGAGCAUCCUGAAUAUAACCGCAACCAGAUUCGUGAAUUAGCCCAGACCCUUAUGGAUGGCAGAGUCCUUGAUGAGCUCAUACACAAAAAACUGGAGGACUACAACACACGCUGGGAUGAACUAAUGCAAAGGGCUCUACAAAGGCGACAGCAGCUGGAGAAGAGCUUGCAGUGGGCCCAGGAGAACGACAAAACCCUGCGCCUCAUUCAGGACUCUCUGAACACCACUGACCGACAUUUGACUGCUUACAUAGCAGAUGGCAUAGACGCUGCACAGAUACCUCAGGAGGCACAGAAAAUUCAGACUGAGUUGAAUGGUCAUGAGGUGACUCUCGAUGACAUGAAGAAAAAGGCUUUCGAGGUUGACGCAUCAGAGAAAGUGAUUGGAGAAAUUGAUGCGACAUAUGAUAAACUAUUGCAUGUUAAAGGCAAGUUCCGGCUUUUCCAAAAGCCGGCUAACUUUGAUCAACGGUUGAGGGAAUGUGAGCGAGUGUUAGAGGAGGUGAAAGGGAAGCUGGGAGUGCUGAGUAUUCGGAGUGUGGAGCAGGAGGUGGUACAGUCACAGUUGGAGCAAUGCAUGAAGUUCUAUAAGAAUCUGAGUGAGUUGAAAUCGGAGGUGGAGACAGUGAUAAAGACGGGAAGACAGAUUGUGCAGAAGCAGCAGACAGAGCAACCCAAAGAGCUGGACGACAGGCUGACGGCCCUCAAACUCGCAUACAAUGAUUUGGGUUCACAGGUAACAGAAGGAAAGCAGGAACUGGAGAAGCUUUUAAAGUUAUUAAGGAAGUUUAGGAAGGAGGUAAACAGUCUGACAGAAUGGUUGGCAACUACUGAUGAGGAACUGACGCGCCGCUCUUCAGUGGAAGGCAUGCCAAGCGAUUUGGAUGCAGAGUUGGCUUGGGCAAAGGCGACUCAGGAGGACACUGAGCGUCAUAAGCCACAGCUGAAACUGGUGAGGGAGUUGGCAGAGACCCUGACGGGUUUACUUCGUAGCCAGGAGAACCUGAUUGAUGACAAGGUCAGUCUGCUCAACUGCAACUGGAUCGCAGUGACGUCACGGAGCGAGCAGUGGCUGAAACUCCUGCUGGAUUAUCAGAGUCAAAUGAAAACACUUGAGCAGAACAUUUCUCAGAUCAACACCUGGAUGGAUCGUGCUGAAGAAAUGCUGGAUGAGAUGGACAGCCAGGGCUGUGUCGAGCACGUUAUAAAGGGUUUGCGGAUGGAGCUGGAGGAGGUGAAGAGGAAGGUUGAAGUGGUGCAGGUUCUGGCAGAGGACCUUAUAAAGAACAGAGGGGAACACUGUAAAGCUCAAGUGAAACCGAAGCUAGAACAGCUCAAUCAACGAUUUGACAUUGUUGCAAAGAGGAUUUUAUUGGGACAGGCCUCCUCUCAAGAGUUAGAUGAAUACCAUAGACAGGCUAAUAUAUGGCUCCGGGUGCUGGACGAGGAGAUUAAAUUAGGUGAAAGUCUAAAAGAGGAAGAUUUUCUGGAGGAUGUGGGCAUAGAUGAGGAUGCCCUAAAUGAACUGUUCUUAAAAGGAGAAAAUCUCCUCAAGAGAACUCCUAGCGGGGAGAAAAGAGAGGCUGUCCGUGAGAAACACAAUCUUUUUCAUGACAAAUAUGACACUCUGAAGGAGCUGCAGUUUUUGCUGCAGUGUAUCGCUGAAAACGAAGCUGUGCUGAACUCUCCUGAGCGCUGGUCUGCAGCAUUCAUCAACGUUCCCCAACAAGACAAGUGCCUUAAGGAGGUUAAAGUUAAUCUGGAUAAACUGGAGAGUCCAGUGACGGAAGUUCUGGGAAGGGGUGCCUCUUAUCCGGAGAAGAGUUUACUGGUCCAGCUGCUCAGAACCAACUGGGAAAACCUUAAAAAGCUCUAUCAUGACCGACUUGCACGCCUUGAAAAAGCCAAGAAAUUCAGUGAGGAGCAUAAAACGCUUGACUAUUGGCUCACAGAUGCUGAGAGGACGAUAGUGAAGUAUGAACAAGACCCCAUAAAUAACAGAGACCACCUCAAGGAGCUCCAGUGGGGUUUGGAGAAACAGGAAGCAGCAGUGAAGGGGCUCAAUGCUCUUGGGACAGAUAUGACUCCACAGUGCAGUAAGGACGACAGGGACCACAUUAAACAGCAGCUCGCCUCUAUCAACUCCCGCUGGGCCAAAGUGUCCAACCAGCUCACUGAGAUCAAGAGACGGUCUGCAGGGGCAAAAAUUGUUCUUGCCGAGUUAAAUAAAGACAUGGUGGAGUUUCAGUCCUGGCUGGAUGAUGCAGAGGCUGUGGUUGCACUUCCUGUGGAAACAGGUCACAAGGAACAGCUCAGUGCAACAUUAGAAAAAGUGAAGGCCCAGGUGGUGGAACUGCCGAGCAGGAAGCAAGCGCUUCAUCAGAUCAACAGCAAAGGCUCAUCUCUCCCAGCUGAUAAAGUCAAACCUCUGGAGAAACAUCUAAAGGUUAUCAACAUGCGAUGGGCCAAGGUGUCCACUGUUCUUCCUGAGAAGCAGCGACAAAUCGAGGAUCUCCUGAGGGAUUUGUCUUUGUACCAGGAACAGCUCUCCAAGCUCUCAAUUUGGGCCUCCACUACAAAGAAUCAGCUUGAGCAGUCCCCUACUGCAGUAGACCCAAAGAUUGAGGAGGAUGUAAAGGAAAAGAAACCAGCAGUGGAAGCCGUUUUGGCGAAAGAGAGACCACCAUGCAAACCGGAGAAGGGGCAAUUUGAUGGCCUCAGUGCAGAUUGGACAUCCAUUCAAGUUCUCCUUAAAGACUGGCGAGACAAAUGUCAGCUCGCAGCCGUAACUUUGACUGGUAGUGCAGCAGGAGAUGCAGCCCUUGAUAAAUUCAGUAAAUCCUGGAUGGAGCUUGAUGAUUGGCUCACUCUUUUGGAUCACAUGGUCCAGACUCGGAGAGUAAUGGUCGGAGAUCUUGACGAGAUCAACGAAAUGACGGUGAAACUCAAGUCAACACUGCAAGACAUGGAGCAAAGAUGCCCACAGCUGAACAAACAAAUCACUGCGGCUCAGAACCUGAAGAACAAAACCAAUAACCCUGAGACACGGGCAACCAUUACAGACCGCAUUGAAAACUUACAGGCACACUGGGAAGAUUCCCACGCCAAGCUGACGGACAGGGUCCUUCAACUGCAGAACAUGUAUAAGGACUCUAGCGAUUGGCUGGAGGCCAGAAAAAGGGUGGAGCCUCUCAUUAAGAAAGCCAAUGAAAAACUGGAGAGCUGGAAAAAGGUUUCUCACAGUGCUGAUGAUUUAAAAGGCAUAAAUGCAGAUGUCAAGCAACUUUCUAAGGAUAUCCAGCAGGGGCAAGCUCAGAUGAAUGUCACCAAUGAGCUGGCAAACAAACUACUGACCCUUUAUGCAGACGAUGACACAAGCAAAGUUAAACAAAUGACUGAGAGCAUGAAUCUAGCUUGGGCCAACAUCAAAAAGCGUGCAGGGGACAAGGAGGCAGAUCUGGAAGCCGGACUGCGACAGUUGCAGCAUUUCUACUUGGACCUGGAGAAAUUCCUUAAUUGGCUUACUGAAGCAGAAACCACAACCAAUGUCUUACAAGAUGCCACGUUUAAGGAGGGACUUCUGGAAAACCCUGCCACAGUGCGGCAUUUACUUGAGCAAUGGCAGGAUCUCCAGGCAGAGAUUGAUGCCCACCGGGAGAUGUACCAUUCAUUAGAUGAAAACGGACAGCGUAUCGUGUCAUCUCUGGCAGGAACAGACAAUGCCGUGGUGCUACAAAAACGGCUUGAUGACAUGGGGUAUCGGUGGCAUGAGUUGUGUAACAAAGUUAUGAGUAUAAGGCCCUAUCUGGAUGCAGGUGUGGAUCAGUGGAAACACUUACACAUGUCCUUACAAGAGCUGCUCAACUGGCUGCAGCUGAAGAGGGAGGCGCUAGAAAAGCAGAAGCCAGUAGGGGGCGAUGUGCCGACCGUGCACCAACAACUACUUACGCACAAGGGCUUCAGAAGGGAAUUGGUUGCCAAAGAACCAGUAAUCAAUGGAACACUCGACAAUGCUAAAACCUUCCUUGCUGAGAUGCCUCAUGAGGGUCUGAAACAGAGGCCUGGACAAAAGGAUGUAAGUCCUGAGGAGAGGGUUCAAAAUGUGGGCCGCAUAUUGCGUAAAGAAGUGGAGGAUGUAACGGUGCGAUGGAAGAAUCUGGGUGCAGCUGCCGUUGACUGGCAGCAACAGCUGGAACUGGCCAUGGAAAGGCUGAUGGAGCUCCGGGAUGCCCAGGAUCAGCUGGACUUCAAGCUACGGCAGGCUGAGACCGUGAAGAAUUCUUGGAGGCCUGUUGGGGACCUGCUCAUAGAUGAUUUGCAAAACCACAUAGACAGAGUAAAGGCGUUCCAGGAAGAGAUUGCUCCCAUCCAGGAUAAUGUAAAUCAGGUGAACCAACUGGCUUCCACAUUUCGACCACCUGACAUUCAACUUUCUCCAGACAACCUGAGCAGAAUUGAUGACCUCAACAUGAGAUGGAGGCUCCUGCAGAUCUCCAUCGAGGAACAUCUGACCCAGAUGACCACAGCCUAUAAGGACUUGGGGCCCCAGUCUCAGAAUUUCUUACAUGCAUCCGUUGAAAGCCCUCUUGAACGCUCUAUUUCGCCCAACAAUGUCCCCUACUAUAUCAAUCACCAGAACCAAACAACAUGUUGGGACCACCCAAAGAUGGCAGAACUGUACCAGUCAUUAGCGGAUCUCAACAACGUACGGUUCUCGGCGUACAGGACGGCAAUGAAGCUCAGACGAAUGCAGAAAGCUCUCUGCUUGGAUCUUCUGGGCAUGUCUGCAGUCUGUGAGGCCUUUGAGCAGCACAAUCUGAAACAGAACGAGCAAUUCAUGGACAUCAUGCAAGUGAUCAACUGUCUGACCAGCAUCUACGACCGUAUGGAGCAGCAGCACAGCAGCCUGGUUAACGUGCCCCUGUGCGUGGACAUGUGUCUCAACUGGCUGCUCAACGUUUAUGAUACAGGACGAGCCGGAAAGAUUCGUACCCUAUCCUUCAAAACAGGAAUAAUCUGUUUGUGCAAAGCUCACCUUGAAGAUAAGUACAGAUUUUUAUUCCGAGAGGUGGCCAGUGCCACAGGCUUCUGUGACCAGCGGCGCCUCGGCCUCCUUCUGCACGACGCCAUUCAGAUCCCCAGGCAGCUGGGUGAGGUGGCGUCUUUCGGAGGGAGCAAUAUCGAGCCCAGUGUGCGCAGCUGCUUUCGGUUUGCCAAUAACAAACCAGAGCUAGAGGCUUCAGUCUUCCUGGACUGGAUGCGUUUAGAACCUCAGUCGAUGGUUUGGCUUCCUGUCCUUCAUCGUGUGGCGGCCGCUGAGGCAGCAAAGCACCAGGCUAAAUGCAACAUUUGUAAGGAAUGUCCUAUUAUUGGCUUCAGGUACCGAAGUUUAAAGCACUUUAACUAUGAUAUCUGCCAAAGCUGCUUCUUUUCUGGCAGAGUGGCUAAAGGUCACAAGAUGCAGUACCCUAUGGUUGAAUAUUGCACACCGACGACAUCAGGAGAGGACGUGAGAGACUUUGCCAAGGUGUUGAAGAAUAAGUUCAGGACAAAGCGCUAUUUUGCCAAGCAUCCUCGCAUGGGUUACCUUCCCGUCCAGACCAUCCUUGAGGGAGACAACAUGGAGACUCCUGUUACACUGAUCAACUUCUGGCCUGUUGACCAUCCGCCGUCAUCUUCCCCCCAACUCUCCCAUGACGACACCCACUCACGCAUCGAGCAUUAUGCUAGCAGGCUAGCUGAAAUGGAGAACCGAAAUGGCUCGUAUGUGAAUGACAAUGUAUCGCCUAAUGAAAGCAUGGAUGAUGAGCAUCUGCUGAUCCAGCACUACUGCCAGAGUCUGAAUCAAGGCUCUCCUCUCAGUCAGCCGCAGAGCCCCGCUCAGAUCCUCAUCUCAAUGGAGACUGAAGAGAAGGGAGAGCUUGAGAGAGUGCUCAACGAUCUGGAGCAGGAAAACAGGAAGUUGCAAGCAGAGUACGAUCGUCUGAAGAAGGCACAUGACCACAAGGGUCUGUCGCCGUUGCCCUCACCCCCACAGAUGCUGCCCGUCUCACCCCAGAGUCCACGCGACGCUGAACUGAUCGCUGAAGCUAAACUACUGCGACAGCACAAGGGACGUUUGGAAGCAAGAAUGCAAAUCCUGGAGGAUCACAACAAACAGCUGGAAUCACAGCUCAGACGCCUUAGACAGUUACUUGAGCAGCCACAGACUGAGUCCAAGGUGAAUGGCACUGCCCUGUCCUCCCCCUCCACUGCCUCUCCGAGAUCUGACACCAGCCUGGCCUCACUGCGUGUGGCCGCAAGCCAAACCACAGAGACGAUGGAUGAUGAUGAGCUGUCCAGUCCCUCCCAGGAUGCAAGCACUGGCUUAGAGGACGUCAUCGAGCAGCUCAACGAUUCCUUCCCUCACAGCCAAGGUCCUAAUGUGGGAAGUCUUUUCCACAUGGUUGAUAACAUUGGACAUGCCAUGGAGUCGUUGGUUAAUGUAAUAACUGAGGAGCGGGAUUUAGACUGAAGAUGUCUUCUCCUAGUUGCAUGCUUUUUGUAGUGUCAACAACUGGACAGGAUAUGUUUACAAUGGGAAUAUAAAUAAAAAUCUAUUUUUCUGAAGGAUCGCGGUUCCACAUUGUAGAUUUGAUCUUUAGUAGUUUCUUACAGCCAGUCUAGAAUUGUUUAUUAAUUAAAAAAAGGUUUUUAAACUUCUAUGCAAUUGUACAAAAAUAGAACGACAGGUGUGUGAUAACAUGCAACAUUACGUGCCAUGUCUUUGUACGGAGUGGAGCGCAUUUUAAAAAAGUGUUUUGUCUAAAUGGGUGACUGAGUAUACGCAAGGGUGCUUUAUCAACUAAUUUUGUUUGUAACAAAAUAACAAAUGCAUAUUAAAAGGCAAGCCCGUUAUACUUGUGCGUGUGCGAAAGAGUGUGUGUUUGAAACAUGUCUGUAUGUUUUUCUGUACAAUAUGUAACCCGUCCCGUUCAACUACUGCAGACAUCAUGCAAAGAAAAGACAUUUGUCAUGAUUUAUUAUUAUUAUUAUUAUUAUUAAAGGCAUACUGAUUAAGGUUAAAUACUGUCUACCUCACAGAUAUUCACUUUCUUCAUGCUCUGUCCGUGCUUAUUAAUGGAGCAAUAAGAAGCAUGAUCAUAGUAUUUGUAUAUUAUUGACAACUCUCAUGUUAGAGAGUUUUUUUUUUUUUUUUAAAGCUUGUUUCCACCACGGAAUAAAAAAAUUACUUUUUGUCUGAAUUCUGACUUCUUUUUUUUCUCAGAAUUGUGACAAAAUCACAAUUGCAAUUGAGUUGUGAGAUUAAAGGCACAAUAUGUAAUUUUCACCGCUAGGGGGCGCAUAUUCAAAAUAAACAAA